UUAAUGGCAUUGGAUUGGUAUGGUGUAUGGCACAAGCUGACGCUGCACCGCAGCUAAAUAACAAUAUUUAAAAAGAAAAACUAAAUUUUUUAUACAAAAAUUACUCAAAAUUAAUUCCUAUUGUAUGAAAUUUAUAUAGGAGUUCAUCCGGGUACAUCAAGAUGGCAAGAGGUCAGCAAAAAAUCCAAUCACAAGCUAAAGCUGCGGAAAAAGCCGCUAAAGCCAAGAAACAACAGGGGCACAGCGCCACAGACCAGAAAAAAGCUGCUCAAAAGGCACUGGUUCAUGUUUGCGCUGUUUGUAAAGCUCAAAUGCCCGACCCAAAGACCUACAAGCAGCAUUUUGAAAACAAACAUCCAAAGAAUGAGGUGCCUGCAGAACUUAAAGAUGUAUAACAUAUAUUGUAAUGUUUAAUAACCGUAAGUGUUCACUUUAAGUUGGGCACACUUUCUUUUUUUACUUACUUGUUUUUAUGUUAAUAUGUUAGAAUGUAUUUAAUUGUAUAAAUUUUUACGAGCUGUGGGCCGCACUUUCUUUUCUAGUUCUUUGUUUUUAUGUAAUAAUUUUAAGAAGUAUUUCUUAUUUGUAUAAAUUCUUGGUUUGUAUACAUAAAUUUCCCAUUUAAUUUUCGAUAUUUGUAUCUAUUAAAGUCUUAGUAUUUAUAGC